AUGGUUGUGAUAGAUGAGUCUUGGACGCGAGGUAACAACGAGAACGAUCACGUGCUCGCAAUCACGCUCGCGACAGCGCGUCUCUGGCCCUUGGGUCAAGCAGAUUCCACAGGGUUGGACGAAAUCGUUGGGGCCUUGUCCAAGCUGUCGACCGAUGAGCUUUGCGCGCUGAAGGAGGCUGUCGACAGGAAACUGUCCAAAAAGGUCGAUUUUCUAACCCUGCUGCCCGAGGACCUAUGCAUCGCAGUCCUCAAAUGGCUUGGCCCGGAGGACUUUUGGCCUUGUCUACAGGUCUCUCGACGGUGGCGUGACUUGUUGCUUGAUGCUGACUGCAUGAGAAUAAUCUGCCGUGAUCUACGCCCAGGACUGCUGGAAAUGGCGGUCGCGCAGGGAGCAAAGGGCGCCAAAGAAGCGACAUGUCUCACCAUACUCGAUGCCCAGAGGCGGUCUUUCAAGGAGGCCACUCUUUACUCCCUUUUCUGGAGCAAAGGGGGCGCCGCCACGAUAUUCUUCCAGAAGCCGUGGCUCAGCAACAACACGGACGGGCCCAACCAGCGAAUGUGUUUAUUCCUUGGCGGCAACGGCAAGCUGGGGUCGUGCCCGCGCGACGAGUGGUGGCUACCCGAAGGCCCCGAAAUGAACCGCUGCUACUUUGGAGACUCGCUUUACAGCUCCGGGCGCCUCGUGUGCCAGCCAUACUGGGAUCCCUCGAGUAGUACAGGCCCGCUUGAGUGGUUCCUCGUUGUGGAUGACUUUGCAGCCAGGACGCGUCGGAUUCUGAGGGUGCCCCAAAUCUAUGGCGAUUUGAGCCAAAGGGUCCGCUUGCUAUGCGUAGGCGACUCUCUGGCCGUCGCGCGGGAUCUAACUCAUCGACGACUGGCUAUCUGGAGCCUUUCCGAAAACGACGCUUUCAGCCUGGCUAGGUUACCCCGCCGGAUCGACCAGGCCGUCACGGCUGGCGAUGUGGUCAUCGGGACGUAUCGAGUAGGUGACGAGGACGAUCAGGACAACAGGAACGAGAAUAGUGGUUUAAAUGGCAUGACAAUGUGGCGGUGGACUCGUGACAACGGGGGUCGAGUCGCUGAGUGGGCUCUGGCCGAACCUGCCAACUUUGCAGCCGAGCUGAUGGGGCUACGCCUGAAUUGCCUGAGACAUGCGCACUCGAUCUUGAUACAUCCCGGAGACAAGAGCAUCGUCUACCUGUUUGUCGCCUCUCUGCUCCCGGCCAGGCCGACAAUUGACGAACCAGACCCAGAGCCGGUGACGAUGGCAGUGUUUGAAGUCACUGACAAACAAAUCUCUGGGAGAUGGAAGAUUAAACUGCACGCUUCGUGGCUCGAUGAGCAGUCCGACCCUGAUAACUUUGGCUUCAAGCCGGCUGACCGGCACGGCUCAUACUCUACAGCGACAAGACAACAAGACGGUCCGAAACGCGGAACUGUGUGCCACGAAAAAGUGGUGUUUAACAUUUACACAAAGAAACUAACAUUGAUUGCGUCCGUGGUUCCCUUGCACAGCUCCACAAUGUACGGCAAGACAUUACUCUGGGAGGGUAAAUACAUAACCUGGCAAGAGCCGUCAAACAGACGCUACUUCGACCGCGUCUUGCCCUUGGUGGUGACUGCUGCUUUUGCUUCCGAGAAGCUACCUCGCUUGCCUCCCCGUCCGUUGAACUAUGUCCCUUAUCGAAGGUUCCCGGUUCGUCACGGGUGUGAGGUCUGUAACACGCCGGCAACCCCCGGUGAAGGUGCUUCCGAAGUACAAGAGGCGGGCGUGGACCAUGAGGACAAGAGCGUUGGGACAAAGCCUUGCGCCGACUUGGAAAAGCACACCAGUCUGCACCAGGUGCUAAUAGAUAUGACUCCUCGCCUUGUUCUGCCCGAAAACUCCGCCAUUCACCCGUGCAACUAUCUGGAGCUUUGCACCACCAGCAGGUACUUGACAGAGACAUAUCACAGCAUGGAAGCGUGUCACCUGGACUCGGCAAUGUUCUGUGGUGAGGGCCAGGACAGCUUUGACGAAUUCCCGAUGCCGUUGGGCGGUCUCGGCCGUUAUCCGAUUGCCAUCCGUCGCGCAUUGAACCAAGGACAUCAACAGCCGUCGCCCGAGAUAUUGACGCGGUUUCCACUCAUGUGGACUGACGGCAGGUACAUGGUCCUAUUGUCAUGGCUGGGGUAUAUGGUGUGGGAGUUUCGGAGGCCUCGUAUGGAGUCCUCAGCAUAA